GGUGGUAACAGAGGAAAGGAUAAUUGCCUUUGAUCAAGUGGCACAAUGGGAAGGUCCCCAUGCUGCGAUGAGAAUGGCCUUAAGAAAGGACCCUGGACUCCUGAAGAAGACCAAAAGUUAGUUCAGCAUAUCCAGAAACAUGGCCAUGGAAGUUGGAGAGCACUCCCUAAGCUAGCCGGUCUCAACAGAUGUGGGAAAAGUUGUAGGCUAAGGUGGACCAACUAUCUAAGGCCUGACAUCAAGAGGGGGAAGUUUUCUCAAGAAGAGGAGCAAACAAUUCUGCAUCUCCAUUCCAUCCUUGGAAACAAAUGGUCAGCAAUUGCAACCCAUCUUCCAGGCAGGACGGAUAAUGAGAUCAAAAAUUUCUGGAAUACUCAUUUAAAGAAAAAGUUGAUUCAGAUGGGUUUUGAUCCAAUGACACACCAACCUAGAACUGACCUUGUUACGAGCUUGCCAUAUCUGCUAGCUUUGGCCAACAUGACAGACCUUAUGGAUCAUCAGUCAUUGGAUGAACAAGCUGUGAGGUUACAAGCAGAGGCAGUUCAGCUAGCAAAGCUUCAAUACCUUCAUUAUCUAUUCCAAUCCUCAAACUCCUUAAGUACCAACUCCUAUGACCAAAAUGCCACCACAAGCAUGGAACCUUACAGUUUGUUAAACUCAAUCUCUAAUGUGAAAGAGAAUCCAGUGAUAGACUGCUUGCAACCAGAUACUCCAGUCUCAUUUUCUCAUGGCAUUGCUAGCUCCCAACCACUCCACCACCCAAGCGUGCUACCUCACUUUUUAGACCCACAAGUCUCUUUCAGUUCCCAAUCAUGUUUGAAUAGUGAGCAAGGUCAAGGUACCAACUUUGCAGUGGUAAGUCAAGGGGAUCACACUGCUGAUCAUGACUCAUCCUGGAUUAUUCCAUCCCCUGCUCCAUCUAUUCCUCCAAAUGUGAUAGGGACCUCAGCUAGCAAUCCAGGAGAUGCCAGCAGCAGCACUUCUAGUUAUGGAGGAGGACCCUCAUCUUAUUGGUGUGAACUAUUCUUUGAGGACCCCAUAAUGCAUGAUCUAUCUUAGUAUUUUAUUUGAAAGAAGUUGAAUUAUGGUGUGUGUUAUGCCUUUUUUAAUUUGCUUCUUGCAACUUAAAGCAUAUAUAUAUAUAUAGGCCCUAGCUAGGUAUAUAUAGAUGUGUUUUGUCCAUUUAUAUAUUAUACGUAUUUAUAUAUCAAUACUAUGUUUUGUACAUAACUUCAAGACAGUUCCAUUUAUCGAACCGGUUUGAAUGUCAGUAUGAUAGUAUCAUUUUUAACAGUUCUAUAU